GAAGCAGGAAGCACGUGCGGCCGCGGGCGGCCGCGGGCGGCCGGCUCUCACCGCGCCAAAGGAACUGUGUUUGCCGCAUUGCUAACCAUGGAAGAAGGUUGAGCCUGAUGUCCCCGUGUCGGAGCUGAGCGUUAUAAAUGGGUGGCAGGAGGCUGAAACUCCUGGCAGAUUCCUAUGGGUACCUUGCUGCUCAGAAAGAUGUGGGUGGCAGUUCUCCAAAACCCUCACCUUGGGUGUCUCUUCACCCUCAUGGUCCUGCAGCUGCCCAAGCUGAAUACAGGUCACUUGGAGGUCCUCGGGCCCUCGCAGCCCAUCCUUGCCUUAGUAGGUGAAGACUCAGAGCUGCCUUGUCACCUCUCACCCAGUGUGAGUGCGGAGCAGAUGGAGCUGCGCUGGUUCCGGAAUACAUUCUCGCCUGCGGUGUUGGUCUACCAUGAAGGCCGAGAGCUGAAGGAAGAGCAGAUGCCUGAGUACCGAGGGCGGGCGAUGCUAGUGCAGGACAACAUCACUUUGGGGCAGGUUGCUCUGAAGAUACACCAGGUCAGGACCUCUGAUGAAGGGGUGUAUGGGUGCUCCUUUAGAGAUAAACAAGCUCAUGGAGAAGCCUUCGUCUCUCUGAAAGUAGCUGCUAUGGGUUCUGACCCUCACAUUAGUAUGAAAAUUAAAGAGAAUGGAGAGAUGGAGCUGGAGUGCACCUCCUCAGGAUGGUACCCAGAGCCUCAGGUGUUGUGGAGAACUGCCAACAGAAAGAAGUUACAAUCCAUUUCAGAGUCCAGGAAUCGUGAUGAGGAAGGCCUGUUCACUGUGGCAGCUUCAGUGAUCAUCACAGACAGCUCCAUAGAGAGUGUGUCCUGCUGCAUCCAGAAUCUCCUCCUUGGCCAGGAGAAGGAAGUAGAGAUCUCUGUACCAGUUGUUACAGGACUGUCCUCCUUAGUCUGGAUUGUCAUAGCAGCAUUCCUGGGGUUUGUGGUAUAUUUGGCUUGGACGCUAUACAGGACAAGAAAGAGGAAGAAACAUGGCACAGCUGGUCCUCUAGAAUGGAGAUUGGCACGGUUACAUGCAGUUGGUGUGACCCUGGAUGAGAACACGGCCCACCCCCACCUUGUCGUGAGCAACGAUUCAAAAUCCAUUUACCUAGCAGACUCCCGUCAGACAUUGCCUGAUACACCAGAGAGAUUUGACACCUGGCCCUGUGUGUUAGGCCGUGAGACCUUUAACACAGGGAGACAUUACUGGGAGGUGGAGGUGGCAGGUAGGACUGACUGGCUGGUGGGGGUGUGUAGGGAGGAUGUCCUGAAGAAAGGAUUCAUCCUCAUGUCUCCCAGGAACGGUUUCUGGGUCAUGGAGUUGUCUCAAGAGGAGUACUGGGCUCUGAAACCCCCUCGGGUCCUUCUCUCUCUGCCAGAAGCUCCUGGUCAGAUUGGGAUUUUCCUGGACUACAAUUUAGGAAUCGUCUCCUUCUACAAUACCAGUAAUGAAUCCCAUAUAUAUACUUUCCAAGAAGGUCCUUUUUCUGGCCCUGUCCGUCCUUUAUUCUGUUUGUGGUCUUGUGGUGGGAGUCCCCUGACCAUACGUCCAGUGGCUGCUCAGUCUGAAGCGCCCUGAGUAGUGGUUGACGACACAGGCCAUCAUCCC